CUGCAGGUGCACCGCACUAUGUUCUUUCUCCCAUCAUGCGUUGCGUUUUGACGCUCUUCAGAGGACACGGCAAGAGGUCAGUUUAUUAGACGUUUAGCGCAGAGAUUGAAAUCAGUCAAAAUGUCUGACGUAAUUGAAGAGAAGAUCAAGAACUACAGAACGGCUCCUUUUGAUGCCCGGUUCCCCAACACCAACCAGACCCGAAACUGCUUCCAGAAUUAUCUGGACUUCCACAGAUGUAACAAGGCUCUGUCCGACAAAGGCCAAGACGUGGCACCCUGUGACUGGUACCAGAGAGUCUACAAAAGCCUGUGUCCCUUGAGCUGGGUGGCAAAAUGGGACGAUCAGGUUGAAGCUGGAAGUUUCCCCGGGAAAAUCUAAAUGGACACUUCUUCCACUGAUCUCGUGUCCUUUCCCCCGACUUCCCUUAUGCACAUCUUAAUGUCUCUGUCAAGCAUUUUGAUGUUUCUGUAAAAAUGACUAAUAAAUAUUUUAUGUCGUGAUGAUA